AUGCAUACAUUGCACUGCUUGGACCAUAUUCGGAAAUCGCUGUACCCGGAGCAUUAUUCUCAGGAUAGCCCGGUUCAUGGCACUUUACACAGAGAUCACUGCCUCGAUCACAUCCGACAAUCGGUCAUGUGCACCGCGGACUUGACGCCGAUACCCUCGAGGUUUUACCCAGGAAUCGGCGACAACUACAUCGACUCCGACCAGCCACAUACGUGCCGUGAUUGGACAAAGGUACGCAAUUGGGUAUCGGAAAGGUAUAAUGGGAGUCUGGCAGUGUCACCGGCGCCUGGUACGGUCGUGGAAAGUGACGAGUGGUCAGGAAGAUAG